UUGACCGGCUAGCAAUCAGGAAACGAACUCGAUCCACGAUGAUGGCGAAUUGGAUGUGUUGGUUAGUCUUUGCUGCCAUAUUUUGCAGUUCAAAGGGAAACCGACAAAUUGGGAAGAUAUUUGGAGAACCGGUCAAUCACGACAAGGAAAAGUAUAGGGAGCAAGGAAUCUGCAAAUGGUAUCCUUAUCGGUUCAGAGCUCACCCCAAAUACUGCCAAGCCUAUUAUGACUGUGCUUCCACUUCCUCUCCUGGUUAUCGAAAGUGGGAUAAAGGGUUCCGAGAAUGUGUGUAUCCCAAAUUGUUUAAUGCCGAGACCAGGAAGUGUGAAAUAUUUUUUGACGUAAAAUGCGGUAAAAGAAAGGAAUUUAAAUCCAAAUGUGAUUACUUUGCAAGGAAAUGCGUGGGUUUACAUUGCGCUCCAUGCUCUGCGAGAGUUCCAAGCUGUAAAGGAUUAAAGGACGGUGUGCAUAAACACCCGAUAAGGACAGGCAGCCGUUGGGUGAUACAUUGCUACAAGGAAAGAGUGGUGAACGUCUGGUUUGGACGGAGAUGAAAUUAAAUUUCUCCAUUCAAUUGUAGACAAGUACAAUUUAUAUUAAUAAAGUAGAUGCAAGCGUAA